AUUCGGUCGACCAAGGUUAAGGUCAACUGUGUUGGAGAAGGCUCAGUGAAGAUGCGACUCACAUGUGUAUUGGGGUAUUUCAAAAGAUACAAAAGUCUUGGCGGACAGCCGUUUGCAGGGAAAAACAAAGUGAUACGAAGAGUUGAAAACACUCACAAGGCAACAGCUGUGAAGAAUUUUCUACAGAAUGCAAGAAAUAUGGAAAUUAUAAGCAAACCCUUCAUAACUCAUGAAGAGGAACAUGGAUCUGCAAAAGCGUUGAGAAAAGCUGGCUACAGAGAAGAUUUUUCUACACAGAUAAAGAAAGUGAAUGAAGAAAAAUGGCUGGAGAAGCGACCUCACUAUUCAAUAGAAAGUCACCUUGAACAAUUAAAUAUUUCAAAAAAAUGGGAAUGAUGUUGACAAUGAACAUAAUAUAUAUGAACUAAAACUGUACUAGAAAACAAGUGUCAAUAUAUUACCACAUGUGAUAGCUGUAAAAGGAUAAUGAUAUCCUGCUAGUGGAAUAUUACCACCAGUGGUAGCUGUGUAGCGAGUGAUGGUAAACCACUAGUGAAAUAUUACCACCAGUGGUAGCUGUGUAGCGAGUGUUGGUAAACCACUAGUGGAAUAUUACCACCAGUGGUAGCUGUAUAGCGAGUGUUGGUAAUAUAAACCACUAGGGGAAUAUUACCACCAGUGGUAGCUGUAUAGCGAGUGAUGGUAUAAACCACUAGUGGAAUAUUACCACCAGUGGUAGCUGUAUAGCGAGUGAUGGUAAACCACUAGAGGAAUAUUACCACCAGUGGUAGCUGUAUAGCGAGUGUUGGUAAACCACUAGAGGAAUAUUACCACCAGUGGUAGCUGUAUAGCGAGUGUUGGUAAACCACUAAUGGAAUAUUACCACCAGUGGUAGCUGUAUAGCGAGUGUUGGUAAACCACUAGAGGAAUAUUACCACCAGUGGUAGCUGUAUAGCGAGUGUUGGUUAACCACUAAUGGAAUAUUACCACCAGUGGUAGCUGUAUAGCGAGUGAUGAUAAACCACUAAUGGAAUAUUACCACCAGUGGUAGCUGUAUAGCGAGUGAUGAUAAACCACUAGAGGAAUAUUACCACCAGUGGUAGCUGUAUAGCGAGUGAUGGUAAACCACUAGUGGAAUAUUACCACCAGUGGUAGCUGUAUAGCGAGUGAUGGUAAACCACUAGAGGAAUAUUACCACCAGUGGUAACUGUAGUGAGUGAUGGUAAACCACUAAUGGAAUAUUACCACCAGUGGUAGCUGUAUAGCGAGUGAUGGUAAACCACUAGUGGAAUAUUACCACCAGUGGUAGCUGUAUAGCGAGUGAUGGUAUAAACCACUAGUGGAAUAUUACCACCAGUGGUAGCUGUAUAGCGAGUGAUGAUAAACCACUAGUGGAAUAUUACCACCAGUGGUAGCUGUAUAGCAAGUGAUGAUAAACCACUAGAGGAAUAUUACUACCAGUGGUAGCUGUAUAGCGAGUGUUGGUAAACCACUAGUGGAAUAUUACCACCAGUGGUAGCUGUAUAGCGAGUGUUGGUAAACCACUAGAGGAAUAUUACCACCAGUGGUAGCUGUAUAGUGAGUGUUGGUAAACCACUAGAGGAAUAUUACCACCAGUGGUAGCUCUGUAGCGAGUGAUGGUAAACCACUAGUGGAAUAUUACCACCAGUGGUAGCUGUGUAGCGAGUGAUGGAAAACCACUAAUGGAAUAUUACCACCAGUGGUAGCUGUAUAGCGAGUUAUGGUAUAAACCACUAGUGGAAUAUUACCACCAGUGGUAGCUGUGUAGCGAGUGAUGGUAAACCACUUGUGGAAUAUUACCACCAGUGGUAGCUGUAUAGUGAGUGAUGGUAAACCACUAGAGGAAUAUUACCACCAGUGGUAGCUGUAUAGAGAGUGAUGGUAAACCACUAGAUGUCCACAGUGAAGUUUAUAUUGCUUAUACUUUGCAUACACAUGUAUUCAAAUAUUCUUACCCCAAGUAAAGUCUACUUUUGUAUGGGCUUGGUGGUUGUGAUAUUUAAAAUCUUUACGGAAUAACUGUUUGAAAUGAGAGAUGUGAUAUAUGUCCGAGGGAAUUUGUGGUUCAUUAUUUGUGCAUGUGACUGAAACAUGAAGUAUGAUUUGUAAAUAAAACUCUGUGAUGAGAUUUU